CCUUCGGAAGGCGGUGCUGCGUAAAAAAUAAAAACACCGUCUGCUCGUCUGCUGUCUGCUAGACGUGAAAACCCAAAGCAAGUUCGUGAUGCCCCUGCGCGUUCUCGUUGUGUCCGAGGCCCUCCGCGAGGCCCGCUGGGGCUGCGGCUGGUAGUGCCAGUGACGGGGUGGUGCGACGCGGAAGUGGGUCCGCGUACCGCGCAUGCCGUGUGGGCUAUGGAGGAUGACUUGGAGGACCGCGUCCUGUACCAGACGUACGUGUCCCACAUGAAGAUCAUGUCGCGGUUGAGCCUUGCCUUCCCCGGGGGCCUGGGAUGGGGCUGGGGCGGCCUCGGCGCGGGCCAUGCAUGGCGCAUGCUGCGGAUCUACGUGCUGCGGCCCGAGGUGCUGGUCUGCGGUGCCGUCAUGCUCCUGGUGCUGGCCUACCUGCAGGCCACCGACGCCUGGGGCCGCGGCGCCAGCGGCGGUUCGGCCCCUGUGCGCUCCCUGUUCGGCCGACUUCAGGGCCUCCAGUACCUCGUCAACGGCUCGGUCGGGGUUGGCGUCGCCUCCGGCGCUGAGCGCCUCAGCUGGGAGCUGCGGGAGGGAGAGGUGUCCGCGUACGCCGUCCAGGGCCGUCGGCCUAAGAUGGAAGACCGGUUUGUCGUCAACGACAACAUUGACAACACUGGGGUGGCCCUAUUCGCUGUCUUUGAUGGACAUGGGGGAGAGUUUGCAGCAAACUUUGCCAAAGACAAGCUGGUUCAAAGCUUGAACGAGAAAGUAGCGGAGAUUAAAAAGCUUGUUGCCGAUGGAGGUGUUAAACGCCACCCUGUCUAUGGAACGGUUUCGUCUACCCCUCCUAAAGGUUCCAAUUCUGGGAAUUGUACUCCAGAGACAGCAAAGAAAGCGGCUCCUGUUGAGAAGAAAAAUAGCUUUCGGAAAACUAUGAGUACAUCUCAAACCGAUGAAUGUAUGAAGAAUACUGUGGGUGUAACUGAUCCUGAGCUCUUGCUAAAACUGGAUAGCAUUCCUCGCACCAUUACACGAGAAGUUCGCCCAUCUAUAUCUGAUGAGCUUGUUCCUACAAGAGGGCCAGCUUCAGCAUAUGUGGAUAGUUCAGGUGUAAUUAAUUAUGGACGGUUGCUCACCGAUGAGGUCCUCGCUGCCGAUUAUCAACUUGUUGAAGCUGCAAAGAAAACAAUGGAUGUUGCAGGAACUACUGCGCUUAUUGCAUUGCUGGAGGGCUCUCGUCUGAUUGUGGCCAAUGUGGGUGAUUCUCGUGGUGUAAUGUGUGAUAGUCGAGGAAAAGCUAUUCCACUAUCUUUUGAUCACAAACCUCAGCAGAUGCGAGAGAGGAAACGAAUCAAGGAAGCAGGAGGUUUCAUCACUUUUAAUGGAGUGUGGAGAGUGGCAGGAAUUUUAGCUACUUCUCGUGCACUGGGUGAUUAUCCGCUUAAAGACAAGAAGUUGGUCAUUGCAAAUCCUGACAUUCUUACCUUUGACCUUAGUAACCACAGGCCUCAAUUCAUUAUUUUAGCAUCAGAUGGAUUGUGGGAUACCUUCACCAAUGAGGAAGCUGUAGCUUUUGUCCGAGAAAGGCUGAGUGAGCCUCACAUGGGUGCUAAGAGCUUAACACUUCAGUCUUAUUAUCGAGGUUCUCUUGAUAAUAUUACUGUUGUUGUUAUUAAUUUAAAAGAUCGCCAGUGGAAUUCAACUACUACUGCUCAGCCCAAAACAGCUUGAAGAAAUAGUGUGGCUCUUACUACGUAUAAUUGUGAUACAAAUCAAAGAGUUAGCUUUAAGCUUGUCAAAAAAAUUUCAGCUUCAUGUUGUUGUUUUUUUCCUGUUAAGAUUUCAAAUUUUGUUAGUAGAAUAAUAUUUAUUGAUCUUUCAUUAAGGACCUGCAUUCAUGUCUGCACAAUAAGGUUGUGAAUAUGAUCUUUUGUCUAAUUUUAAACCAACUUCUGCAUGAACUUCAUAUAAAAUGUCAGUAUUUCAUGACCAUGUUUUAUGGAGUUUGAUUUAAUGUUGAUUGUUCUUUACUUAUGCAUUUAAAUUCAUUCAAACACGUUUUGCCACAAAUUGCUCAAUAUGUUUUAGUGUGAUUUAAUGUCACCUUUGGUAUUUUGUACUGCUGAUACAUUCAUGCUCCCCUUCCCAGCCAUCAGGGUCCAUACGGUCCCCAAGACCUACCAAAAGGGGGAGGGGGUAAGCAAGGAGUGUGUAAGAACUAUGAAAAGGUGUCUCAUUGAAGAGUUUUGUGUUGUUAUUUGAGGAGGAAUUUGAUCCACCAGAAGAUCGUUUGCAAAUGUCCGUCCAUAUUAUGGUGAAGCAAUAAGCUGAGUAUUUCAGAGAUGGUUCAAUAUUUUACACCGAGUAUGACUUUGGCUUUUAGCUGAAUUACUUGUCCUAGGACUGCAGUUGUCAUAGUGAAAAUGUGCCUCUGACUUUGGUGACCGAGAAAGAGAAGCAUGCUUAUCAGCUGUACCCGCAGCAACAAACCAUGUUCUUAACUUUUUAAAUAACGUUGGAAUUAAGAGAUCUUCACUUCAACAGUAGAUAAUUCAUGCUCACACCUAUGAAUUGGUUUGAUGAUUUUUUUUAAAAUUUGAGCCAUGCUUAUUUGAUUUUACCCUACUGCAUCCCUGCACUUCGAAGCGUAGCUAGCAUAUGUUAAUAUAUUGAAUCUGAGCUGCACUUUAGUAGUUUUUGGUUUUUUAAGUGCCAAAGAUUUUCUUAUUGACACUAUUUGUCGAUAUUUUCAUCCUUUUUUAGAUUGCCCACAUGUUUGGCCACUCAAAAAACAUUAAAUGUGAUACAUACAAGUGAUCUUUAAGAUAACUGAUCAAUUUGGGACCCUUUUUUUUUUCUCUGAGACUUCUGACAGAGGAGGUUGUGAUUAAGAUUUAUUGGUGUAAAUGAAGUCAACUGAUUUAUUCAUGUAUUGUCUGUGUUACUAAUUUUCAAUGCAAGCCUUUUUCUUACAACUUUGUUGCUGUUUUCUAGUGUGAUUUCAAUUUGUAGGUAAUCAACAGGCGCUGUGGAAGUUUCUCGCUCAUGGCAGGAAUAUGUACAUGAGUGCAGGUCUGCUUAUUGCAGCCGUUGGUCAAUAUGCCCUUUGUGAGAAACUUUGAAAUGUAACAUUUGAGAAAUAAAUAUUUUUCUGUGCCUGAUCAUUA